AGCUAACGUAGUAGAGAGACGCAAACUAUUCGCCCACAGACACCAGAUUCAUAACACGCGCCCAGCGAAUUAAGGCUUCAUUUCGAAAUUAUGGAGUAUCAAGGGCAUGAUACGACAGAAUUUAUCGGUAAAAUUCGAGUGGAACGGAGAAAGGCACAGAAGCCAAGAAUUGAGAAGUUAAGACGUGACAGAAUAAAUGGCAGCUUGGACGAAAUUAAACACUUGGUGUUAGAAGCUCUCAAUAAAGAUAUUUCUCGCUACUCAAAGAUGGAAAAAGCUGACAUUCUGGAGAUGGCUGUGCAGUUUUUGAAAGGAACCCAGGCAAGACAAAGAAUGCAGCCAGGAUUAAGAUCAUUGGUUGAGCACACAACAGAGCUUAAAGAGACUGGUCCUCAAGAGAGACAUUUAGUUGCACCGCCUCAAAUACCCUAUCUCACACAAGACCAACUUCUCAUGGGAAUGACCGCUGACGUUAGGCCCAUUCCAAUGAUGUCACCUUCUAUGCCAACUUUCGUCUCAGCUCCCAUGGUUGCCAUGACAACACCACAACAACCAACUAUUGUAUGGCUACCUUACCCGUCACCACCUCCCUCACCCACAGAGAAGCCAAAUAAAGUUGCUGACUCAGUGAUUAAGCAAACCACUGGCAGCAGAAAGGAAGCUGCUCCGAUAGUGACGUCACUAAGCAACACAACAGUAUUACCCGUAUGGAGACCUUGGUGACAGACAAGUAGAUAAAUUGAAACAAUGCUGGAGACGAAAUUAUUUUAAGAGAAAAGUGAAUUAACACUCGAGAUUACUUAAUACAACGAAUGUUCCUGCUUACUUAUGGAAUAUGAUAACGCUAAAUUCUUUCGUGUAACAUAAAAUUCCCACCGUGUCCGCAUUAAAGCAAAAUCAGUGUUGUACUAUA